CCAAAUUAACGAUUAUUUCUCGAUAAUCCCGUUUCUUUACGCGCGUACGAGUCAUUGCGUUAUUCUAUUCGUCGAAGAGUAUUACGUGGGUGGACACACGAUGAAUACCAACAAGGAUUUUAAGGUCGCUCAUACUUAUUGAAAAAGGGCGGAGAACAAUCGCACGCAAGUCAGAACGUUUUCAGAGAUGGCCAGGAGCAUCUUUUACGUUGUGCCGUUGUGUUUUGUGUCGUUAGUAGCGUGGGCAGAUGAUCGUGCCCUUCUCACAGAGGAAAACGAACGACGAUGGAACACACCACCGGAGCUCAUACCGGAGCAACUCAUCAAGACAUCCGAUGUAAAAAGCGGACGAUCGUUGUCUAUUCCAAUCACGACGAAUAUCAACGUAAACGCGGGAAACAAUGCACAUUCUUUGGGUUUUCAACUAGUCCCUGAAGGCGUUAGCUACUCUGAAAGCAACAGCUUCGAUCAUCCAUUGUCGGAGGCGAGUGGGAGCGUUUUACAAAGUCAGUCGGUGUCGUUCUCCGCAGGAUUAACGGGAAUCGCUGGUGCUGUAUCUGGAGCUGCCAGUCAAUAUUAUCCUAUAUAUGGUAAUGUAGGGAAUGUCAACAGUCAAGUGUUUGGUUUCGACAGUGCAGCUGCUACUUCGUCGGGCAGUACCCAAAACGGGCAUGCAACUUCUUCUGCCGCAUCUUCUGUUGGUUUCGUGCAUUCUUCCGCCACGUCGAGCAUAGGCGCUGUUCGUCCCUCUCAAGGAACGAUCAUUCGCUUUCCAGGACAAAACCAAAAUCGACCAAUGUGGAGUAACAUUCGCCCUAACAAUAAUAAAAACAAUGGUAACAAUCCUCCGCGUAUGCCGAAAUUAGACAUCGAAGUAAAACCACAUCGUGAAAAUAAUCGCGGUACGAUUAAGUUACACGUUUCCACGCACGAGACAAAGUGGGACAAUAAUCAACCAAAAAUUCACAUACACAAGUGGCAACCUAGUUCUAGGACACACGACGAUGAUGAACAAACAUGAACAAAAAUAUACAAUUAGGUUUGAUUUCAACGACUUUAUUUAUCUUUUAAUUGUUUUUUUAGUCAAUUGUUGCGCCAUUUUUACUCCAAUAAUGGGGUAAACAAACAUGUAAAAUAAUUGUUUGAUUCAGAACUGUGUAUAUCUAUACAUAUUUAUAUAAUUGUAAUUUUAUUAUUGUAAUUGUAAUUUUAACAACUGUAAUAGACUUUUGAAAUAUAGAAGACUCACAAAAGUUAAAAUAUAUGUAUACUUCAAUGAAA